AUGGACGACAAANAGAACCCCGAGAACAGCAUUGCCAAUGUCGCCAACGAGGGUCCAAUCGAACAUGGCCAAGUCGAGGAGUUCCAGAUUGUCUCAAGGCUCACAUCUUUCCAGNGUGUUUGGGUAGCCAUUAUCACGUCCUCCAUGCUGGCAUUGAAUGCUUCUGGAGCACGUAUCUAUGGCGAGGGAGAAUUUUACUUCUCCAUAUUCAAGGUGUUACUGAUCCUUGGCCUCAUCAUCAUGACUUUCAGCGGCUCCACUGGACGGUUCCUAGGCUUCUGGUCUGUGUUUGUGCAAGCUGCCUUUGCUUUUGGAGGACCUGACUUCGUCGCUUUGACGGCUGGCGAAGCACAAUCUCCCCGUCGCGUGAUGCCGCGUGUGUUCAGCCGUGUCAUCUACCGCUUGGUAAUCUUCUAUGUUCUUGGUGUCCUCUGCGUGGGCAUUCUCGUUCCACAUGAUGAUCCUGCACUCACUUCUGGAGCUAAAGGUGCUGGAUCUUCGCCUUUUGUCAUUGGAGUCACUAGACUGGGGAUUAGGNGGUUGCCAUCUUUGAUCAACGCCAUCCUCAUAACAUCCGCUUGGUCAUGUGGAAUUGAGAUCUUCUAUGCAGCUUCCCGAUCUGCGUAUGCGAUGGCGAUUGGCGGCUAUGCUCCAUCUUUCUUGUUGACGACAUGGCGCGGGACUCCCAUCUACUGUGUUAUCGGUGUCUGGCUUGUUUCGCUCAUCUCCUUCAUGACUGCCUCUCACGGCGCUUUGACGGUCUUCUCAUGGAUUACCUCUAUCGUCGGCGCAGGAAACCUGGUGACCUAUUUCGUCUUCCACAUCACCUACAUCCGCUUCCGGCGCGCACAAACAGCACAAGGCAUUACCGAUAGCCAACGUCCCUGGUUCCGCCGCCAUCAAUACUAUUACUCCAUUAUCUCUGCCUUUUUAUACGGUAUCAUUGUACUCACCAAUGGCUUUGAAGUGUUCAUCCAUGGCGAGUGGUCCGUCUCAGACUUCAUCUUUGCUUAUUUCGCUCUCGCGCUUUUCGUUAUCGCACUUGUUGGAUGGAAGACUGUUAAGAGGACUAAGAUGGCACCACUUGCGAAAGUCGAUCUAAUGGCUGGACGGUGUCCCGAGGAUUGGGAGGAUGAAGGUGAAGAGCCGGAGCCCAAGACUCGUGGAGGGAGGUUUAAU